AUGGUCUAUUUCCCGGGGAUGCAAACUGAGGCGCGCAGCCUCAAACCGGGACAGCUGCUCGAAAUGUUCGACUCGUCUUGGAAGGUGCGGAACAUUUGGGACGGGGUGAAGCUGGAGGUGGUGGAGGACCCCAGUCCGGUGGUCCUGCACAGCUUCACACACCUGGACCCGGACCUGCCGUUGGUCGAGAGCUCGACGCAGGAGAUCGGCGAGGAGGCCGAGGAGGACGCCAUCUUCACCAUCACGCUGAGGAAGGUGCAGCUACACCAGUCGGCCAGUAAGGGGCAGCGAUGGCUGGGCGUGGAGACGGACUCCGCCCUGAGCCUUUACGAGACGUGCAAGGUGCGAACCAUCAAGGCCGGCACGCUGGAGAGGCUGGUGGAGUACAUGGUGUCAGCCUUCAGGGGCAAAGACUCUACCUACGUCACCAUCUUCCUCUGCACCUACCGAUCCUUCGCCUCCACCAAGCAGGUGCUGGAUCUCCUGCUCAACAGGUAUGCCAAGCUUCAAAAUGUGCCUGCUGCUACAGCACACAGAGUCUCCCAGGACGACCGCACAGAGCUGAGAAACACUGUGUCGUCCAUCCUGGGUGCAUGGUUGGACCAGUACUCCGAGGACUUCUGGAGCCCUCCGAACUACGAAUGUCUGCACCAGCUGCUGUCUUACCUUCACCUCCACUUCCUCGGUUCGGACCUGGAGCGCCGCGCCCGCAACCUGCUGGCCCACUUCCACCGGCGACAGCAGUGUGAGCCUGAUCCUGAUGGGGAACACAUCGGUUGCCCUUUUGCCACGCAGGAAGAGAGCGGCUUUGAGGACGAGCUUCCUGCGUUUAGUUUCCUGUCGUUUGACCCCAUCAUGGUGGCCGAGCAGUUCACGCUCAUGGACGCGGAUCUGUUCAAGAAGGUGGUGCCCUACCACUGCCUGGGGGGGAUUUGGUCUCAGCGGGACAAGAAGGGGAAGGAGCACUUGGCUCCCACCAUCCGAGCCACCGUGGCUCAGUUCAACUCCGUCACCAACUGCGUCAUCACCACUUGCCUGAGCAACCCGGCGCUGAAGCCCAACCAGAGAUCCCGGCUGAUCGAGCGGUGGAUCGACGUGGCACGGGAGUGUCGGAUCCUUAAGAACUUCUCCUCGCUGCGGGCCAUCCUCUCGGCCCUGCAGUGCAACGCCAUCCACCGUCUGAAGAGGACAUGGGAGGAAGUGUCUCGGGAAAGUGUCCGAACCUUCCGCGAGCUCUCCGAGAUCUUCUCAGACGACAACAACUACUCUCUGAGCCGAGAGCUGCUGGUGAAGGAGGGCACCUCCAAGUUUGCAACUUUAGAGAUCAACCCCAAGCGAGCUCAGAGGAGACACCAGCAGCAGAGAGACCUGGGCGUGAUGCAGGGCACGAUUCCUUAUCUGGGGACCUUCCUAACAGAUCUGGUGAUGAUGGACACUGCCAUGAAGGAUUACACUGAGGGGGGUCUGAUCAACUUUGAGAAGAGAAGAAAGGAGUUUGAGGUGAUCGCUCAGAUCAAACUGCUCCAGCUGGCCUCUAAUAACUACAGUUUCACUCAGGACGGUCACUUCAGAGAGUGGUUUGCAUGCGUGGAGAAGCUCAGCGAAGCAGAAAGCUACAAUCUGUCCUGUGAGAUCGAGCCUCUGUCCGAGUCGGCCAGCAACACGCUGAGAGCCAAGAAGAACGGAGGAAUCAUGAAGCGCUGGAGCGACCGGCAGCUGUCGGAGGCCGGCUGCAGCGGCGGCGCAGGCUCCCAUUCGAAGUCCUUCGACCACUCGCACUACAGACCGUACCAAGGAGGAGGGGGGGACAGCGGCGACGCCCUCAGCGUCACCUCCGUCAGCUCCAGCGGUUCGGACCUGGAGGACGUGAACGCCAGCUUCCUGUCGGAUUCACCCGAGGGACACGAGAGGAAGACGUCGACUCCUUCAGUGAAGCUCACCGUUUCUGCUCUGAGCAGAGAAGCUCCGGCGGCAGAUACAACCUCGACGUUCUGGGAGUGCACGUCUCUGUCGUCUCUCGACACCUCGGGGAUGGGCUCCAGCUCCGGUUCGGCCUCGGGCUCCAGCAGUGCCUCCUCCUCCUCCGUCUCCUCCUCCACGCCGCUGUCGGCCUCCCGCUCGCACAAACGCUCGGUGUCGGUGGUGUCGAACUACUCGACCCUGUCGCUGCCGCUCUACAACCAGCAGGUGGACGACUGCUGCAUCAUCAGGGUGAGCCUGGACGUGGAGAACGGCAACAUGUACAAGAGCAUCCUGGUGACGAGUCAAGACAAGACCCCAGCGGUCAUCAGGAAGGCUAUGAUCAAACACAACCUGGAGCGAGAGAAAACCGAGGACUACGAGCUGAUGCAGAAAAUCUCUGAGGACAAAGAGCUUCGGAUCCCGGACAACGCCAACGUCUUCUACGCCAUGAACUCCACUGCCAACUACGACUUCGUGCUGAAGAAGCGCGGCCCGGCCCGGCCGGUGCGGGCCAAGACCGUGGCCAGCUCCACGCUGCCUCGCAUGAAGCAGAAAGGACUGAAAAUCGCCAAAGGGAUUUUCUGAGGGAGGGGAGCUCGCCACUUUCUGCCUCCUGCCCGCCGACCCCCGCUCCGGUCUCCGCCCCUCAGAGGAGACGCGUGGGGACAACCGGACCUGAAGUAUUUUGGUUGGGGCGAGGGCAGACACGAGACCUUUCUGUGGACUCGCAGGACGCAGUGGAGCACUUUAGCACUUCGCUGCAGCCGUCCUGGCUUCAGGACCCUCGGAGUCCAAGAAACACCGAGUUUGUUCCCGUUCAGCUGCAAGCUCAGGAAAACUGGACGCACGUGACGCCACUCGAGCUCUUCACCGGCGCCGACAGUUCGGUUUCCUCCGUUACGUUUUGUUUACAAUCGUUUACAUCAGCCGGUCAGUUCUUCGAACGAGGAGAUCUUUGCACCUUCAUUUUUUUUAACGCCCAGACUUUUCUGGCAGCCUUCGUCCUCGUCUCGUCCUCGUCCGUCUUCUUGCCCUCCGAACAAAGAGACAAACGCCGGGGAAGGCGCACGCACGUUUCCAGACGUCAGAAUGUGUUUCCGUCCGGCGCCUCAGCCGACCCGGCUCGAGGUCUCUGAGGCGCCGGCGGAGUUGGCGGGGCUGAAACUUUUCCUUCAUGUCCUGAACGCUAAAAAAGCACGAGACGUGGAGGGGACACCCAGCGGGCACAGCCAAAACGUCACACACACACACACACACACACACACACACACACACACACACACCCCACUGUUUCUGUUUUUAUUACCGACUCGUAACCACUACAUGGAGGACGAGGCGGCGGAUCGCCAGGACUGAAAACGAACCGAGUGUAAAUAUGAAGUCUCAUCUGUGCAGUUUGUUCUUUUUGAAUCGAACCGAGUGCUUUUUGUUCACGGACUCGUCACGUUAACGCCGUCUUUGCUUUGUACAUCCGUUCGCGUCUCCCUGCUCUCGUACGGCGCCGCUACUCGUCUUCAAAACGCUCUUCCUCUUCUCAGCCGCCAUGUUGGAAGGAAACUGAAACCUGCAAAUUAAAACCGGUUUCAGACUAAAAAAAACAACAUCUGCAGUUUUGGGCUGAAUGUUAAAGACAUUAAAUUAUUUUAAACAUUUGUAAAUAUAAGAAGAAUAUUAAAUAAAAAUUUGUUCUACGAAAACGGAAGGUUCUGGUCACAAAAAGGCAGAAAAAUUUAAAAUGUUUAACAGUUUUUUGUGUCUUUCCUGCUUUUCGUUUGAAGAUCUGCCUACUUAAUUUAAAUUAAU